AGAGGUGGGAAGGAGCGGACACGGAGAAACCCUAGCCCUUUUCGAUCUCCGCCACCCUCCCAAUAUAAUCCUGCCGGCAGCUUCCUUUCCACUUCUCCACCCCAAAAGUUUCAUCUUAUUGAUGACCUUGGCCAGCUUCCGCGGUGGAUCAAGGAGGAGAAGAGAAAUCAAUUCAAUUGCGGCAGGAAACUAACGGAUCAUCUAAGAGCGGGAGGAGGAAUAAUGAGGUUCCGGCGGUUCGUGUAUCUGGUGAUGAACGACACCAAGCGCCGGGACUUCCCGCUGCGCCGCAUCGACACGUCGCACUUGUUCUUUCCGAAAGGUGUAAGCAAUGAAUCCAUGGUUCCGCCGCCUUUGGAGGAUGUUCGCCUGCCGCCACCUGCCAUUCGAUUCAGCCCUCCCAGCACUGAUUGCAGCAACGGCGCUAUGGAGUUCAUGCUACUCGGCGGCAACGGCAGAAAGAGGGCCAAGGUGGUCGCCAUCGACCAUACGGGCCGCUGCGUCAUGUACGACCCCAUCCUGCGCACCAUCCGCACCAUGCCCGAACUCACCGCGGCCAAGUUCAUGCCGGCCUCCUUGGCCGUCGGUGACGACCUCUACAUCAUUGACACGUACUUCAACCUGUGCAGCCGCGAUGACUGCUUCGACGGCCUCGUGUAUGACGAAGAGGAAGCGGAUUGGGACUGCGGCACUCUGCCGCCGCCUCCAUAUGCGCAUGCCUUCAAUCCUCGCAGCGAGAUAGGCCCCUCUCACAUCACCUCCUAUGCGGUGGUCGGCGGUGGCCGCAGCGGUGACGGCUCCAGCAUCUGGGUAUCCAAGAAGGGCCUGGGAACCCACUCCUUCGACAUUGCAAGCAGCAGGUGGACCAAGGCCGGCGAUUGGGUGCUACCGUUCUGGGGCCCUGGUAAGUACAUCCCAGAGCACAAGCUCUGGUUCGGCAUUUUGGCUGACAAGGAGGAUGGCGUGGUGUGCGCUUCGGACCUCACCGAGGCGCCCCUGACAGCGCCUCGCAUGGUCUGGAGGUGGAGGGACAACCCCGUGCCGCUGGAUUGGAAGUGCACGUUGUCCUUUCUCGUGCACCUUGGCCACUCCAGGUUCUGCCUUGCCAGGUUCUUCCGGAUCAACCGCCCGGACGGCUUAUCGCGCAUCAAAUUUAUGGUGUUGACGGGCAUCGAGGUGGAGCGUUGCGACGGGGAGGAGAAGCUCCACGUGAGGAAGCACAGGUGCCAACGAUACAGCCUCGAGAACCAGGUCAUGCACUGGGUACUCUAGCUAGUCUUGAUAAAGUACCCGUUUGGUUUGUUUUGUGCCUUUUAGGCUGUUCCAAACUGGCAAACGGGCCAAAUUUAUGGGUUGGGUUAGCUACAAUAAUAUAUGUGUGUGGAGCUAACCUAGCAGUUUAACUAGUUGUAUUGCAGCUUAAGUUAUGUGGUUUCAGUCGGAUCAUAGAGUUGAUGUCGUGUAACUGUGUUUGUCAUGCUGCGUUUUGUUAUAUUGCCCUCGGACAAAUCCUGUUUGUUUAUGACAUUUAAAGUCACCAACAUUUGUG